ACUGAAAAACAUAAUCUCAGCUGCUUUUCUGAAGACUUGAGGCAUCCAGUGUUUUCUCAGCAGACAGGAAGAAGAGGAGACUAACAUUGCCAGUGGCACCUUAGCCAUCUUCCCUCCCUCUCUGAAUACUGCAACUAGACAGCUGAAAUCUGGCUAGCUGCUUUACAGAGUAGGACAAGUAUGGAAGUGACCUUUGCCUCCACAUUUCUCCUGCCCUGCAAAGGAUGUGCAUAACCCUACAAGUUGGAAGGUUAUGAAUAUCCUAUUAGAACUGUGCCCUAAUGUGUUUUUACUGGAUAAUUGAUGUGGCUGUAAAUGGAGAGUGUUGAUCAGAAGAUCGGACUACUUAUCAUAAGUAGAUUGAAUGAUGAGUAGUAACAAGGAACCAUAUUUUGUGAAGUUUAUAAAGUCUACAGAAAACUCAGAUUUUUUCCUUCAGGCCCUUGAGUCCAUUAAGGAAUUUCAGUCAGAGGAAUAUCUUCAGGUCCUCGCAAAUGAAGCUGCAUUGAAGAUACAAGAGAAUGACAAAUCACUUUAUAUCUGUGAUCAGUUCAGUGGCACUGUUUUUAAUCACCUGCAGAAGCUUGGUUGUAGAACUGUUGGACCACAAGUGGUUAUCUUCUGUAUGCAGAACCAGCGAUGUGUCCCAAGGGCAGACUAUCCUGUAUUUAAUAUGGCAAUGGCUGAUGUAACAGUAUCUUGCACAAACCUUCCAAAGGAAACUAGGGAAGAGGUCCACAAACUUGUACAGAUGAUGGGUGGCCAUGUAUACAGAGAUCUUAAUGUUUUAGUAACGCAUCUUAUAGCUGGAGAAGUUGGAAGUAAGAAAUACUUAGUUGCUGCUAAUUUGAAAAAACACAUUUUGCUACCUUCCUGGGUAAAAGUGCUCUGGGAAAAAUCACAACAGAGGAUGAUUAGGUACACAGACAUAAAUAUGGAAGACUACCUAUGUCCUUUGUUUCUUGGUUGUACCAUCUGUGUAACUGGUUUGAGCAGUGCAGACCGAAAAGAAGUCCAGCGUCUCACUACUGAGAAUGGUGGCCAGUACACAGGUCAGCUCAAGAUGAAUGAAUGUACCCAUCUUAUUGUUCAGGAACCAAAAGGCCAGAAAUAUGAGUGUGCAAGAAGAUGGAAUGUCCACUGUAUAUCAAUCCAGUGGUUUUUUGACAGCAUUGAGAAGGGAUUUUGCCAGGAUGAGUCCCGGUACACAGUAGUCCCUGGAUCUGGGGAAGAAAGUGCACCAAAUACAUCAACUCCUACUAGUGAUGCUAGCAGGCCUGAUUGUCGAGCACUCUCUGAUGUCAGCCACAUUUCAAAUAUCACUUUAAGUGGCAUUAAUGAAACAUCCUGUAACUCUGCUAUGAGUAGCAGAUUGGAUCCUCCUCCUGAUGAGCUGAACAACUUGGAUAUUAGCUCUCUGCAAGCACCGGAAGACUUACUAGAUGGAUGCAGAAUUUACCUUCAUGGCUUCAGUGGCAGAAAAUUAGAUAAGAUGCGAAGACUUAUUAAUUCUGGAGGUGGGGUUCGUUUUAAUCAACUCAGUGAUGAUGUGACACAUGUCAUUGUGGGGGAUGAUGAUGACGAACUAAAACAGUUUUUGAAAAAGACAGCACAAAGGCCAUAUGUUGUGGCAGCACAGUGGCUUUUGGAGUGUUUUAGAAAAGGCUAUUUGCUGCCUGAGGAGCUGUACACCCCUGCAGACUACCAGCUAGUGAACACUCCAGUUUUGGAGCAGCCUGUCUUCCUCAAAAUAAAUAGUCUCUUGAAGAAAGAAACAGCGAACAUUGUGCAGGAUCCAGAAGCGGAUGAGGAUUUGCUAUCUCAGUAUGUAACUCAUGAUUCCACAGUAGUUGGUGCUGGUGACCACAGUGAUGUUGAUCAUGUGACCAUUCAAGAUGGAAAGAAGCUUGCUGUCAGCCACAGUUCCUUGACAGAGACAUCAACCAUCACUGAAGGAGCCUUAUUCAGCAGAAAGAAGUUCCUCCUCCUGGGUUUUGGAAAAGAGGAUGAGUCCUGCAUAAGGGCUGUGAUCGAAGAGUAUGCUGGGAAGGUUCUGCCUCAGCAAAAUAAGUCCAUUGCUGACUAUGCUGUGGUUCCUCUACUGGGCUACAAGGUGGAUUCCACUGUAGGGGAUGUGGUUACAAAUACAUGGCUGGUGAUGUGUGCAGAACAGCAGUGCCUGCUAGAUCCUCAGUCAAAUCCACUUUUCACACCAGUCCCAAUGAAGGAAGGACAUACCCCAUUGCAACAAUGUGUGUUGUCUUUCAGCCAGUUCAGUGGAGCAGAAAGAGAUUCUUUAAUCUAUUUAGCUAACAUGCUUGGGGCACGAGUUCAAGAAUUCUUUGUGAGAAAAGCCAAUCCCCGGAAAGGAAUGUUAGUCAGCACCCAUCUGGUGGUGAAGGAGCCAGCAGGUUCCAAGUAUGAUGCGGCAAAGAAGUGGAACCUCCCUGCCCUCACUAUGGCAUGGCUGUUGGAGUCUGCAAGGACAGGGAAGAAGGCUGAUGAAAGCAAGUUCCUGAUUGACAAUGUAGUCACUGAAGAAAAGGAGAGGUUCAGAAAUCAGCCAGAUGAAGCAGAGACAAGUGCUCCAAAUACACCUGAUCAACCUAGAAAUCUCUUUGAAACUGGGAAGAUAACUGCAGUUACCCCUCUGGAUAUAAACCGGUUCCAGAGUAAAGCUUUCCAGGCUGUUAUCUCACACCGUAUUGGUAAAAAACAAAGCUCUCCAGCAGGAGGGAAACCAGUACAGAAAGAACCAUCUUUGCAUCUGGAUACACCUUCUAAAUUUUUAUCAAAAGACAAGCUCUUCAAACCUUCUUUUGAUGUCAAGGAUGCCUUGGCAGCUUUAGAAACCCCUGAAGGGCUUAACCAGCGAAACAGAAAACCGAGUACACCUCUUUCAGAAGUCAUUGGCAGGAACUUAAAACUGGCUUUGGCAAACAGUGCUCGGCAAAACGCUGCACUUGCAGCCAGUCCUCAGUUGAAAAGUGCAGCUCAACAAGUGGAGGAAGAGGCCAAACCUCUAGCUAAUGUUGUCAUAUGUGUGAGUAAGAAGCUGAGCAAAAAGCAGGGUGAGCUGAAUGCUAUUGCUGCCUCUCUUGGAGCGGAUUACAGGUGGUGCUUUGAUGAAACUGUAACUCAUUUCAUCUACCAGGGAAAGCAAAAUGAUAGCAGCCGGGAAUACAAAUCUGCUAAAGAAAGGGGCAUACAUAUAGUGUCGGAACACUGGAUUUUGGAGAGUGCACAAGAAUAUAAACGACUACCUGAAUCUCUUUAUCCUCAUACAUACAAUCCUAAAAUGAGUUUAAAUAUUAGUGGUGUCCAAGAUGACGGAUCCUCAGAUAGGCUCGAUUCAACUGGAAAAAUGGGCAAAGCAGAUGAGCAUAUUCCAUUGGAUGAUAAUGAUCCAGAAGAUGUUACUCUUGAUCAAAUAAAUAAGGGAGUUGCUAUCGAUAAAGCAGAAAAUGCAUCCAAAGGAGUUUUAACACAGACAUUGGAGAUGAGGGAGAACUUUCAAAAGCAGUUACAGGAAAUCAUGACUGCAACAUCACUGGCAAAGUUGCAAGGACAAAGGAGCUCUUUGUCUCGGAAUGGUUUUGACAACUCUCCAGCCACUCCUGAUGGGCUUCGUUCUGUGCGUAAUGGUCGUAGCAGAGUCUUGGAAGCCCUAAGGCAGUCCCGUCAGCUCGCGACUGAUCUCAACACAGAGCCAUCCCAGAAUGAGCAGAUCGUUUGGGAUGAUCCCACUGCAAGAGAAGAGCGAGCAAGGCUUGCUAGCAACCUACAGUGGCCCAAUAGUCCUUCCCAGUAUUCUGAACAAAUUCAAAUGAAUGCAGUAAACAUGCAUGACCUUUCAGUUAAAAAAUCUCUGACUGAUACAGCAAUUGCUGAAAUGGGUGUUGAUGAUCUUGACAAAACAGAUCUAAUGGAAGCCUUGGAACCUCAAAUCUGUAGAAAUCCAGAGACACCUGUGAAAGAAGAUCUAAUCCCAACACCAGUAGCUCCUGCCAUUGCCUUUCCACUGGCAAAUCCUCCUGUGGCUCCCCAGCCGAAAGAAAACGUCAUUAAAGUGGACCCAAAAGCCUAUGGCCAUCCAGAAAAACAGUUCAGAUUCCAGUUGUCUUCCCUUAUUCCUCAAGAGCGAAUUGAUUAUUGCCAUCUGAUUGAAGAGCUAGGAGGGAUGGUGCUUGAGAAGCAGUGUUUUGACCCUAGCUGCACACACACAAUUGUGGGACACCCUCUUCGCAAUGAGAAAUUCUUGGCCUCAAUGGCAGCUGGAAAGUGGGUGCUUCACCGUUCCUACCUGGAGGCGUGCAGAGCAGCCCAACACUUUGUAGAGGAGGAAGACUAUGAAUGGGGAAGUAACUCUAUACUCAGUGUUCUGCCUGGGAUCAAUAUAGUACAGAAGAAUUUAGCAGUAGCAGCAAUGAGAUGGAGGAAAGCCAUACAAAAACGGAGAGAGGAAACUGGCAUUAUUGAGGGAGCAUUUAGUGGUUGGAGAGUUAUUUUGAAUGUGGACCCAGCCAAGGAAGCAGGCUUCAAACGUCUUCUAGAGUCAGGAGGAGGAAAGGUGCUGCCUGCUCAUUCGCUUCCCCCCUUUAGAGAAGUGACUCACCUUUUUGCUGAUUUCAGUAAACUGAAACCAGAGAAUAUAAGAGUCAACAUAGGAGAAGCUGCAUCAAAGGGAGUGAACUGCCUGAAGCCGGAAUACAUUGCUGACUACCUUAUACAGGACCCACCACCUCCAACAGAAAGCUAUCGAUUGCCAGAGGCAGUUGUCUCUCUUCAGAACAGCAAACAACAUGGAACUGGAUUAUCUCAAAAGCGAAAAGCUCCCGAAGAAACACACACAGUAAAGCGAUCCAGAAUGUAUUGAGAUGACUGUUCCUUUAAAAUAUGCAUUUCCUAUUUCUAUUUAUAUUGGAUUUCUUUGAAAAUAAAAAGAUAUUAAAUGUUUUUGUAAUA